AUGGAGUCUCGGAAGGCAAGAUUAAUUGACAGCUUCAAUCUCGAUGCCUCGCAUUUCGAACCCAAUGCCAUCUUCCGAGGGGCCCAGUUGACACUUGUUGGAGGUAAGGGCAAGGAGAGAAACGGCCAGGUCAGACUACUAAUGCACUGCAAAGCCUACAGGGCAUUACAGAAUCCGGAUCUAUUCACUACCGAGUACUAUAAGCAAGCCAUGUACGCCGUUUUAGCUGGGCUCGGUAUCCGGCUGCUGGUAGCAAUUCCGAUAAUAGCGGCGAGGCUUGUAUUAUGGUUCACCUCACUGCUCUAUCCCCGCGAUCAAGUCUCAUGGAACGAUUCCGUCGUCGAUUGGCUGAACUUCAUGGGAGAUUAUGUCCUUCAGCUCCCAUUCUUCCUCAUGAUGGUAAUGCGCCAUGUAGUUCCCACUCUAGACAACCUAUUCAUGCAGUCCUUAAACUGGGUUGACGUGACUUAUGUCCAAAAACAUAAGCACGACAAUCCGAGUAAUCUGAGGGACCUUUAUUACCCCAAUCUAAAGUCUUAUCAAUCAGCGAAAUCCCCAGCCAAAAGGAGACAGUCAUUCAUGAAGUUCAUGUCAAAAUUUGUACGCAGAGCAUGCCUUUCGAUUGUGGUGCUCGCUUUAUCAUAUGCCCCUAUAUUUGGCCAGCUGAUACUCCCUUUAAGCUACUACUCGUCCCGAAACUUGAUGAAUGAACUUCUAGAGCCUUACUUCACGCGUGUCAAGUUUUCGCGAGAAGAAAAGCGGAAUUGGUUCAGAAGCCGCGAAGGCGUCUUGUUUGGGUUUGGUCUUGGGUUUUACGUGCUCAGUAGAGUGCCCCUCUUCGGAGUUCUGGUAUAUGGAAUUGCAGAGGCCUCUACUGCAUAUCUUGUCACUAAGAUCACCGAUCCCCCACCGCCGCCCUCUGACAUGAAGGAUUUCGCCAGGAGUCAGCAAACCUGGCGUAACAAACACGAGUUCCUCAGUCUCAACCUUUUAAACAUAGACGACAUGCAGACAGGACCGGCCCUCGAGCCCAGAGAAAAGCAGGACGCGCUGUCACUCUGA